AUGGCUCCCGCACUUACCGAAACAACCUCAGAAGUAUCUCACACGUCCGGCAGCGUUAGCAAGGCCAUAUUUCCAGAUGGCUUUAAGACUUCUGGUCAACAUGCUCCAAACUACGAACUCUUGAGGCCGUACAAGAACUUCCCGCAGCAGAUUACUGGACCAACGGUCUGGCAAGCAGAGGACUAUCGGGAUCAUCCGGAACGCUGGACUAAUGUCUUCUCGGAUGACGAGAUAGCCGAACUCUCAAAGGCCGCGGACGACUUUUUGGCCUCUGAUAAACCAUUGACAGGUAUCUCGAGGGAGCAGUUUCCCUUGCCAACUCUUGGGCCGUUCUUCAACACCGUCAGGAAUGAGGUUCUGAAUGGGAAAGGCUUCAUCUUGUUCAAGGGCGUACCUGUCGAGGACUGGGGUCUACAUAAAUCCGCGGCUGCAUAUCUUGGCUUUGGGACGUAUUUUGGUCAUUUUACCAGCCAAAAUGGUCGAGGUCAUAUCUUGGGCCAUGUGAAAGAUCUUGGUGAAGAUCCUACACAAAAGGAUAAAGUUAGAAUAUACCGGACGAAUGCAAAGCAAUUCUUUCACACGGAUGGAGCAGAUCUAGUAGGUCUCCUGUGCAUAGCCAAAGCUCUCGAAGGUGGUGAAAGUGAUAUCGUCUCUACCCACCACGUAUUCAAUACUCUGCAACGCACACAUCCAGACGUCAUCGAAACCUUGGUCACUCCAAACUGGUACUUUGACCGCAAAGGCGAGGUCUCGGAAGGCCAAGAACCGUACUACCGCUCCGCAAUCAUGUUCAUGGAGAAUGACUCUGCAGGCGAACCACGAGUAUGGUGCCGCUUCGACCCCAACAACGUCACGUCCCUUCUACGCUUCAGCGAAGGCUCGAACGCACAGAUCCCACCAGUUAGCGAGAGGCAAUUGCACGCACUACAAAUCCUCGAGGAGACAUGUACGAGCCUUGCGCUGCAUAUGAUUCUCGAUCCCGGUGACAUCCAACUCCUCUGCAACCCUCAUGUCUUCCACGCUAGGACAGCGUAUAAAGACUACCCACCAGGCUCCGUCGAUGACAGAGGCAGGGAGAGGGUACGAAGGCAUUUGAUGAGAUUAUGGCUAGGUGUUCCUCAGAAUGAAGGGGGGUGGAAGUUGCCGUACCACGACACGAACGAGAAGAAGCGUGGCGGUAUUCAAGUUGGCGAUACCGCCCCUGUAUGUCCCAUAGAUGCUGAGUAA